AUGGGGAGAACGAAGAACAAGCCAAGAAACAACUUAAAUACAGCUAUCAGCGAGACACACUCAACUGUGAAUUUUAAUAAAGUUGAAUCGCUUCUAGCAAGUUUUGAUUUACCUACUGCGGAAUUUUUUGCAUUAGUCACUCAAAGUGUAGAUCGUCACCGUCUCAGGGUAUUUGACCCGCAUACGGGUACAGUUAACAAUGAUUUUUCUUCGGAUAAAGAAGAUAAAUUCACCUGCUUGUCUUGGGGAAAAGUAUAUGACGAGGAUUUGAACGGCAAAGUUGACGCUCCUCCACCAAAAAAGAAAAAGAAACUAUCAUCACAAAUUCAACAAUUUAGUAAAGUUAUUGCUCUCGGAUUGCAGAAUGGUUCUAUUGCCAUUUACUCAAUUGCUCACGGAGACAUUGUAAAAACACUGAGCGGUUCACAUAAAUUACCGAUUAACAAUUUUAUUUUUUCUAAAAAUGGAAAAAAAGCUUAUUCUUGCGCUGAAGACACGUAUAUUGUUGAAUGGGAUUUUGAAAGGGGGGAUAUAAUUAGUAAAUGGAAAGUUGACUCCCAAACGACUAAAUAUAUUAUUACGCUUUCGCAUGAUGAGACCAAAUUGUUAUCCGCAGGACAUACCAUCAAAUUGUGGGAUUUGCGAUCAAAACAGGUUCUCAAGAGCUUCACUGGACAUGUGAGCAUAAUAACUAAUAUUAUGUUCUCAGCUAGUGAUGAUAUCU